UUAAUCGAGACAAUCAUGGCAUUCGAUUUAAAAGUUUAAAAUAUAUAUAUUUUUAAAUCAAUGCCCGAAAUUGAAGAAUUCACUUCCGGGACAAACACCCUUUAGUAAAGACCUGUGAUUGCGCGUUGCUGAAUUAGCUAUAACAUACGUUUUAAUUACUGAAUACAAACAUCUAGAUAAGCUACAGAUACAAUGUCAAACAAAGAAGUUAAAUCAGCUCUAAAAAAUGCCAGAGAUGCCAUAAAGAACAAGGAAUUUAAAGAGGCUCUAAAACACUGCAAGGCUGCCCUGAAACUAGAGAAGAACAAUUACAAUGCCUGGGUGUUCAUUGGUGUGGCCGCGAGCGAGCUGGAGCAACCAGACCAGGCCCAGACAGCCUACAGGAAGGCUCUGGAGCUGGAGCCAGAGCAGCUGCUGGCCUGGCAGGGAUUAGCAAACCUGUAUGAGAAAAGUGACCAGACGGAUUUCAAAGCGGAACUACCCAAAGUCUACCAGAAACUCAUUGAGCUUUAUGAAAGUUCAGACAAAACAAAAUGUUAUGAGGCGAUCAGAAAACUGGCAGACAUCUUCCAUAUGGAGAAGGACUAUUUACAGGUGGCCAGGGUGUGGCGAAGGCUGAUUCAGCUGAAGGAAGGAGAAGGUGCUAACAAGGCAGAGCUGCUGCAGCUAUGGCAACAGAUGACCUGCCUUCUCUCAGACAGCAUGGAGGAUCACGACAAUGAGACUCAGCAGCACUUAAUUGCAGCCUUUGAGAAGGCCAUGGUUCUCUCUGACAAUGUGCCUGGCGAGGACCAUCGGAAGCUCUCAGCUAACUACCUCAAAUGCCUUUCACAACUUUCGCAUGAGGAGUGUAAAAUUAAAGAGGCCUGUGAGUCCAUAUUGGCCCUCUAUCCCUCACAAACAUUCCCUUUGGAGAUCCUCGGUGCACAUCAUCUCAAGUCAGGGGUCUGCAGUGAGAACGCGGGCCGUUGUUUCUCCCGUCUCUUGGAGUUGGACCCAGACAGUGGCUUAGGCCAUCUGGGUUUGGGCAUCAGAGCUCUGGAGGAGGGAAAAUGUGACGACUCCAUUAAGUAUCUGGCCCAAGGACUGAAGCGAAUGCGCUCCAGCUUGGUGGGCUGGUGCAGCCUUGCUCAGGCCCAGCUGAAAAUGCACCGAUAUUCCGACUGCGCAACAUCCUGCUCCCAAGGUCUGAAGCUGGGUGGGGCUGGAGAAGAGGCACUGGGACAAAAGCUCCUGAGGCUGAGGCUAGAGGCCCUUGUGAGGACUGGGGAUGAGCACACUGCAGACCAAGCCCUGGAGAGCCUCUCACAGCUUUCAGAUGCUAACAAUGACCCUGUCCUGGUAGCCUUAAAAGGAAGAGCGUAUUUGCAAAAAGGCCAAGUUGACCAAGUGCUCCAGGUAUCCACGGAGCUGCUGAACUCUCACCCUGACCUGGCUGAGGGACUGGUGCUGAGGGGACUGGCACACAUUGCACAGGGACAUCACCAACUAGCAGAACAGAGCCUCCUGCAGGCUGCAGCCCAGAGCCCAACCUGUGGAGAGUACUACUUCCUGUUGGGGCGGCUGUACUGGGACAUGGGGGAGGAGAGUCGCAGGGACAGGAGCAAGGCCCACACCCAUCUACUGAAGGCUGCCAAACUGGAUCCGUACCUGGGCUCUGUGUUCUGCUACCUGGGCCAUUACUACCGGGAGGUGGCCAGGGACCAGGGUCGAGCCAGGGGCUGCUACAAGAGAGCCUUUGAGCUGGACAGCAACGACGCAGAGUCCGGGGCUGCCUCUGUGGAUCUGAGCAUGAAUGAGGGGGACAUGGACACUGCCCUGGCUGUGCUCCAGUCAGUGAUCCAGAGAGCCACCCCUGGUUCAGCAAAGUGGGCCUGGAUGAGACGAGGCCUUUACCACCUGAAGGUGGGCCAGCACCCCCAGGCCUGUGCAGAUCUGCAGGCUGCUCUGAGGGCUGACCCCCAGGACUGGGUGUGCUGGGAAUGUCUGGGCGAGGCCUACCUGAACCGCCGGAGCUUCACGUCGGCCCUGAAGGCCUUUGCCAAGGCCCAGCUGCUCAACCCCUCCUCCAUAUAUAGCCUCUACCAGACUGCUGCCAUCAAACAGACCCUGGGCAAGUUCAAAGAGGCUGCAGCAGAAUACCUGCAGAUCAUAGCCCAGGAGGACUAUGUGCCUGCCCUCAAAGGUCUUGGGGAGUGUCUGCUGUCCUUGGCCAGAUGCCUGAUGGAGGACUAUAGAGAUGGAGGAGCCAUAGACCUCAUCCAGCAGGCCAUCCAGUACCUCUUCAGGGCUGUAGAGCUGCGUCCAGACCUGUCCUGUCUGUGGAAGUUACUGGGAGACGCCUGCACCUCAGUCAGCACUGUGGCCCCCAACAGGGCCCGCGUUGUGGUGCCAGGACCCCUGGCCGGGUUACAACCCCCAGACCAAGGCCACCUUCUCAACCAAGGACACACCCUCCGAGUGGGGGAGAGAUGCUAUGGGCGUGCUCUGAAGCUGAUGCCUGAGAGCUCCAGCCUGUGGUAUGACCUGGGUCUCAACUACUACCACCAGGCCUGUCUGCCCCCCUGCCUUCAGGAGAUGGAGCACAACACCGUGCUACUGCUGCUGGAGAAGGCCCUGCAGUGUGUGAAGAAGGCCAUCAUGUUGAACAGUAGUAACCAUAGCUACUGGAACGCCCUGGGAGUGGUUGCCAUGAGCAAAGGACUUGAGAACUAUGCCCUUGCCCAACACAGCUUCAUUAAGUCAGUGCAAGUGGAACCCAAUAAUGUUGUUGCUUGGACAAACCUGGGUGCUUUGUAUCUGAAGAAAGACAGUGUUGAGCUCUCCCAUGAAGCCUUUAAGAUCGCCCAGUCUUUGGAACCACUGUAUGUCAACUGCUGGAUUGGACAGGCCCUUAUUGCAGAGAUGGUGGGCAGUUAUGAUACCAUGGACCUGUUCAGACACACCACAGAGCUCAGGACACACACGGAGGGGGUAAAGGGCUAUGCUUACUGGGUUUGUGCCACUCUGCUGGAUAAGAGUAACAGGGACUCUGAGCUCUAUCGCUACAACAUCGUCCAGAUGAACGCGGUGUCUGCCGCUCAGGUGGCUUUGAGCAAGUACACAGAGCGGAUCCAGACAGACCCUGAUGCCUUCGUCAUGCUGGGUUUCCUCAACGAGCACCUGCAGCUAAAGAAGCAGGCAGUGCUGGCUUACCAGAGAGCUGUGGAGUUGCUGCAGGCGACGCCUUCCGUGGAGUUACUGGCCUUCUCCCUGGGAAGCUAUGGCCGGGCCCUCUGCAACACAGGCCAAUGGGAGGAGGCGGUGCACGUUUACUCUUCCACACCUCUAGAGGUGCUCCACGACUUGGCUGGCCUGGCGCUGGCCUACUGCAGAGCAGGACUCAUCCCAGAGAGCAUCAGUGCCUAUGAGAAGGCUCUGAUGGUGACCUCUACUGAGAAAGAGAAGGCCUACAUUCUGACUUCUCUGGCUCUGCUGCAGCACAGACUGGGGAACAUGGACUCCGCUAAAACACUGCUCUUCAAAUGCUCCAUGCUGAAGGAACCUGUGCCAGAGUCUCUGCUGUGCCUGUGUGCUCUGGGGCUUGUCCAUGGGGACAGCACCCUGGCCAGCGCGGCCCUCACUGAGCUGCUGAAGCAGGGCAGGGCCACUGGGGCUGCCGUGGAGCAACGCUGCCUGCUCACCUGCACCCUGCUGGCCCUGCAGGGCAACUACAGCGCUGUGCAGCGAGAGGCCUCCAGGGCCGUCCACAGUAACCCUGGCAACCCUUCCCUGUGGGCCCUGCUUUCCAGACUGGUGCCACAGUAUUACCCCAGGAAGGCCAAGGGAGGUGCAGUGGCAGGCCACGUUGCGUGUCUCUCCAGCAUGACCCAAGGAAAGAGGGCACUGCUGUAUAGUGGAGUGAACCAGCUGGCAUGUGGCAGGCACUCUGGAGAAGAUCGCAGCAGGAACGCCCUGAAGACCAUGCAGAGGGCUGUGCUGCUCUGCCCCGAUGACCCGGCGGUGUGGGCGGGGCUAAUGGCUGCUUGUCACACAGAGAACACAGCCUGCUCCCUUUCUGGCACCACCCCUGGCAGACGAGGCUUGGAGCAGGUGCUCAUGGCCGUGGUGUCAGAAAAAGUACGGAAUGUGGAGGAGGUAGAACAGCCUCUGGCCCAGGCUCUGGAGGGUUGGGUGCUGCAGCAGGCUGUGACAGGACUGACAAGUGGAGGCCAGCUAGAGCAGGCUGAGGCCCUCUGCUCUCAGGUCCUGAGUGUGUCUCCUGAGCACCCUGCUGUAGUUCUGCUGUUGAGGCAGGUGCAGUGUGAACACCUCCUCCUGUCUAGUGCCGGUACUGCCCUGCCAGCUUCUGUCCUGGAGCAGCUCAGCAGUGCCGUCUCAGCCAAUCACACCUCAGUGGCCGCCUGGCACUGGCUGGCGGAGGUGUAUCGUACCCAGGGUCUGCUGGUACAGGCAGUAAUGGCCUACAGACAAAGCCUGCAGCUGGCCUCCCAGCUUGACCUCCACAGUGGGAAAAUGGCAUGUCUUCUGCGCCUAGCCCUGCUGGCCCUCAGCCCCUGCAUGUCGAAAGUCCCUGGUGAUGAAUGGAAGGAGCUGGUUCUGGAGGCGACCACCGAGGCUCUGAAGCUGGGCCCCUCCCCUGUAGCCCUCCUUGUCCAGGCCCUGCUACACUUCGCCACCAAGAUGUCCGCCAGGGAGACGAGGCGUUUGUUGGAGAGGCUGGUGUACUUCUCCUCCCAAGGUUACCCAGAGACUGUGGCGUGUGUGGCUCGCUGGUACCUCCUACGCCACCUGCAUGCCAAAGACGACCUGGAGCUGAUGGACACCCUGGUGGAUGACGCCAAAGCCAGUGGAGACAGCAGACUGCUGGAGUUCCACACACGGCUCACCUCUUGCUGACUGCCCACUACAGACUGACUGACUGACUACCAGGGGACAGCACAGCUCCAUCCACAGCCAGCCACUCACUCUGCAAACAAUGCAUGACCUGAAGUCAACAAUGUAUCUCCUUCAUUGCCUGACUCUUGUGCUUUCUCUGUCUUUCACAAUCGUGUCAAAAGUUUACAGUACUUAUGGUAUUUGUAUGCAAUAGAUCAGUUUAGGCAAUCAGUUCUUACUAUGGGAUAUUGAGAUUUGGGAAUAACACCAACAGGAGGCACUGAGGGUCAAAACACUAGCCUCUGAAAAUGGUAUCUUAACUUUUUGAGCAGCGCGGCAGAAUGUAGAGGAGUGGUCAUAUCAUGCAUAGGUUAUGUUGUCGCCUAUGUAUGAUCGAAUGCAUGAGAUGACCACUCCUCUAUAUCCUGCCAUGAUGUUCAAAGGGUAUUCUUCAUGUAGGUAGAAGGGAGGCACGGUAGUGGUAAGCAGUGAACACAUUCCUGUGACAAACUGUUACACCCUGGAAGUAAAACAUUAACUUCAAGUCCUUAGAGGUGCAUUCUGUAGCUUUAAGUUAAUUUCUCCAGUGGCAACUCACAGUACCACAAACACAUUCAGCCAAAAAAGAAAUGGGUACAUUUGGAUGCACCCAAACCUACACCUUCAGAUUCAGCACUUUUGACCAGAAAAAAAAUAAGAAGCUGUCUCCCUACAGCUUCUGGUGAAUGCUCACUUGUUAACCCAUAUUUAACUGAUCACUUACUAAAUGCCUUGACUGACACUUGUGAUAUUGACAGACAAACAAGAUAGUGUUUCAAUUCUGUAGUUGGCUAAUUAAGAAUGUAAGCUUUGUUAUUGCACUAUGCUGUUUAUCAUGUAGGAAAGUGCCUUCAGAGCAUGAGCUAUAUUAACAUAUCUGCUUUUGGGUGUCGCCUUAAGACACAAAGGAUGUAUCACUUAAUAACAUGUUUAAUUUGCGCUCAAAGCCAACCCACUGGUGCGGAAGGCCACCCUUGAUGUAUAUGCUCUACGCCUGCCCAUGAGUCAGGACUGAAGAGUAAAGAUGGUUGAAAUCACAUCACACGCCACUGGGUCUCAAACUCCUCAGAUUCCAGUGUAGUUUGCACUGUGCAUACUGAGGAAAUUGUGUUUAAAACGAGGCACUUUCUCCGAAACGCAUCAGCAAUAAAUAUAAUUGAAGGAAAUUAAGCUGCUGUCCUGAACCUGCUUUUACAAUUGUUGCUGCUUUAUUUCAUGUGAAUGCUGUCACACAUUGCCAAAUGAUAUCAUGUAACCACUGCCAUAGCUAUAUGUAAGAACCACAAACCCUAUGAGGAUAAAGCAUUUUUACUUUGGAGCUCAUGUAUUUCAUAUGAAAUGGAUCAAAUCAAACUAUUUGCCACAUGCGCCGAAUACAAGUGUAGACUUUACCGUGAAAUGCUUACUUACAAACUCUUAACCAACAGUGCAGUUCAAGAAGAAGAAAAUAUACAAAGUGAUAUUAGUGAUACUGCAGGAAUAAAAAGCCAAUACACAGUACCA